AUGCCUAAUUCAGCACCUACCAAUAAUGAAUUAUCACCCACGAGUUAUCAGGAUAAUUGUCAAAAAUUAAAUUAUUUAGUUUCUAGACAAAAAGAAUUGUGCAGUUUAAGUGAAAAUAUAUUGACGGCUGUAUCAAUUGGAGCUCGAAUGGGCAUUGACGAAUGCCAACAUCAAUUCAAAAAUAGCAGAUGGAAUUGUUCUACAUUCAGCAAUACAACUUCUAUUUUUGGAGGAAUGCUUGCUAUUAAAAGCAGAGAAACAGCUUACGUAUAUGCUAUUUCAUCAGCAGGUGUUGCCUACGCUAUUACAAGAGCAUGCUCAAGAGGAGAACUAAAUGAAUGUAGCUGCGACACAAGAGUUCGUUUAAAAAAGCCAAGAAAAAAUUGGCAGUGGGGAGGAUGCUCAGAAGAUAUUCAUUUUGGCGAAAGUUUUAGCAAAGAUUUUGUCGAUGCCAAAGAAAAUGUAGAAAGCGCCGAAGGAUUAAUGAAUCUUCACAACAAUGAAGCAGGUAGAAGAUCAAUCAGAUCGAGAAUGCAAAGGGUAUGCAAAUGUCAUGGCAUGUCAGGUUCAUGUAGUAUUCGAGUCUGUUGGCGUAAGCUACCAUCAUUUCGAACAGUUGGUGAUGCGCUAUUGGCCAGAUUUGAAGGAGCUUCUCAUGUAAAAUUGGUAGAAAAAAAAAGGAAGAAAAUUAAAAAAUUACGUGCCGUUAGCAAAGACUUGAAACCACCUAACAAAACAGAUUUGGUGUAUUUGCAAGAAUCACCGGAUUAUUGCGAACAUAACGAAACUUUGGGGAUUUUUGGAACGAGAGGUCGAUUGUGUAACAGAACAAGUCUUGGAUUAGAUGGAUGUCGUCUUUUAUGCUGUGGUCGAGGAUAUCAAACUAGAUUAAAGGAUAUUGAAGAAAAAUGUCAUUGUAAAUUUGUUUGGUGUUGCAACGUCGUUUGUGAAAUGUGUCAAUAUAGAAAAGAUGAACAUAUUUGUAAUUAA